UUUCUCUCUUCGACGUCCAGGCAGUUUUAUCGCGCAUAAGCCGCCAUUUUGCUAAAUCGUGUACAAAUGUCAUUUCGGUUCCUGUAAGUGGUGGUUGUCCGUGUUUUCUCGACGCCUCCUCGGCUCGCAGGGAGCAGUGAGGAAAACAAACAGGUCGAGCGGUGGAAGAUUGGUAGCCGGUUGGAUGUGGAGGUUGUCAAGCGGCGAAUGAAUCGUUUUCGAGUUGAAGGCAUUUUGUCGGGUGCUAAUUCAAACUUUCCCCUACGAUUUAGGUGCUUUUGAGUCCGGUGCAUUUAAGGAGCUCUCGCCUUCCGAGUAUGUUGCCGCUUUCUAACAUUUUAUCAGGGCUGUUGGAGCGCGUAGUCUACCCGCUGCGGUUUUGUGUUUUUUCCGACGUUGUUUACCGGUCGUAAUUCGACGUUUAAUGGUUUAAAUUCACCGGUUUGCCGGUUUUAAAUUCAUUGAGACAGUUUUGGACAUGCAUACGAGGCGUUUGGUGAAGCGGUCGAUCCUCGGCAGUCGCAUUUAUGCGCCGAGUCCGACGGGGGACGGUGCCCCGGUGACAGGGGUGGUCCAGGCGGUGAAGCAGGAAAACAGAGACGUCUCCUCGACCGCAGGAGCCCGGCGCAGCGUCUACACCGUGCUCAUGCAAGACGGGAGCCUCAAGGAGUUCUCAGAGGAAGAAAUAGCCGCUGGGUUCAACCAUACUGCAGCCAAAGGACCGCUCAAAUCCAGCUUGAAGCAGAGCUCCAGUAACGGAGCUCCAGAGAGCCAUAAGGUGGAAGCUGGCUCCCUCAGCCCAGAGGCAGCAGAGGACUGCAGGCGCACUGGUAGGGACCCUGACACCCGAUCAGUGUCCCUGCUGGAACAGAAACGUAAAGUGGUCUCCUCGAGCAUCGAUGUCCCUCACGCCAGACGGUCAGAGGAAGAAGUGGACAUGGACAAGGUGACGGCUGCCAUGGUGCUCACAAGUCUCUCCACCAGCCCGCUGGUCAGGAGUCCACCUGUCAAAGUAAAUGAGAGUGGUUCAUGGAAGGACAAUGGCUCAGUUGGCCCCUUCACCCCGUCCAGUAACAGCUCUUCAGGGGGCUACUGGAGCUGGUCUGCCCCAAGUGACCAGUCCAACCCUUCUACACCCUCUCCGCCACUCUCUGCCGACAGCUUCAAGCCCUUCCGUGUGCCCAGUCUGGGCGGUGUAGGACCUGGCCCUGCUGGACCUGAAGACCCCAGUCUAGAUGAUCAGGACGGCAGCAGCCUGCUCUUUGAUGAGCCCAUCCCUCGCAAGCGCAAGAACUCCAUGAAGGUGAUGUUCAAGUGCCUGUGGAAGAACUGUGGCAAGGUGCUGAGUACCGCUGCUGGCAUCCAGAGACACAUCCGUACCAUCCACCUGGGUCGUAACUGUGACUCAGACUGCAGUGAUGGUGAAGAGGACUUCUACUACACGGAGAUCAAGCUCAACACAGACUCAGUGGCUGACGGGCUGAGCAGCCUGUCCCCCGUGUCCCCAUCUCUCCUCUCUCCCCCUCCUCCUCCCCCCUCUCCCCUCCCAUCCCUCAACCAGCUGGCAGACUCCAACAGACCCCCGCAGUCCUCUGACACCAAGGAGCCUCACGCUGGGGGCAGCACCCCGCUCAGCCGCUCUGCGCCCAGCGCACUCUACCUCAUCCACACGGACCACGCUUACCAGGCCACGGCUCCAGUUUCGAUCCCGUCCAGCAGCAGUAACUCGACCAGCUCGGCCUCUACCAGCUUCACUCCCACCAACAGCUCCAGCUUCAGCAUCUCCUGGCAGUCUCCACCCGUCACCUUCACCGGGAGCACGGUGUCUCCCAGUAAAAGCCAGGGUUUCAACGAGCAGCGCUCUCAAACCAUUGCCGUCCUCUCAUCUCCUCCCAGAGCCACCACCGCUCUCAGUCGGAAGGUGCGUGGUGAAGGGAAAAAGUGCCGCAAGGUUUACGGCAUGGAGAACCGAGAUAUGUGGUGCACUGCCUGCCGCUGGAAAAAGGCCUGCCAGAGAUUCACCGACUGAGCACUCUCCUGUUAGAUCACGGCGCACCGCGCCAACAGGCACUGCAGCCGAAAGCGGGGAGGGGCGUUGUUUUGCAUGCAUUUGAUUUUCUUCGGCUCAAAAAUCCCAACUGUCUGUCAAGCUCCGGCUCUGUCCCUGUGGAUGCCCCUCCCCUUGAGCUCCACUGAACCAUUCCAGGCGUGGAAGGAACCAAAGGACAGCGGAGUCAACUUUUACAAUGCCGUCUGGGAUUCCCACUACUGCCUCGCCAUUCCCAUAUUUCCCAGCUUUGGGAAACCCCAGUGCAGCUAUAUAGUGUAAAAAAAAAAGAUCUAAAGAGUUCUGUUUUUUUAUGUUAAGUUCAGUGUUGCAUCUUUCUAUGUUUUGUAAAGCUCUGGUUUUUAGACGGAAAGUCAAAGAAGGGGUCCAGACAAAAAGGCCAAAAGCUUUUUUUUGUGUUUAAUUACAAGAAAAUAAACUUUUUUUUUAUCCAAAAGAAAAACGGGCCUCUUGCUCCUCCUGCAGUUUUUGAACAACAUUAUGAAAAAGCAUGGAGGUACAAGUCCCAGUUUUUGUUCUUCCUUCAACACGGAUCAUCUCUUGUUCCAUUUCUGGACUAUUUUAGGUGAUUUUUUUAUCACCAGUAUUUCACAGCCUCUCCCCGUUUUACACCUGCUCCUCGUUCUGACUGCGUCGAGGGAAAGAACGGCAGAAGUGAUGCUAAGAAAGAGAGAGAGGAAUAGAGACACACAAGGUUAACGAUCAAUGCAAAAAAGACACAAAUUACAGUCAGGGAUAGCAGAUGGACCAUACCAGAUUUAUCACAAACAAAGCAAACAAACACAGGUAUGACCACACAAUCAAAUCAGAAGACAGGAACUGUUUUCUAUCUCGCUUUUUUUAUCCUGUUUGAUUCGUUCAGUUUGUUUUAUCAGGGAUGUGAUUCUACAGAAAGCAAAAACCAGCAGCUCAAACUGUGCACAGCACUAACUCAACAACCUUCAUUACACAUGACAACUUUGCAACCAAAAACUUCUUAAUCUUCUUUCUGUUUUUUGUAAAGUGCCAUGUUUACUGUUCUUGGUGUAGUUUUUAUUUUCUCCUCUCUUUAUGAACCGAGACUGUUUACAUACCACCUGCUUCAGAAAGUGUGUUCAAACCUCUCUGGAAGAAUGAAGUCAGCUGAGUGAAAGGCCAUAAAACGAUAAACAUGUUUCACCCAAUACAGAGAGAGACAGACCGCCCUCCUCCUCAAGCAACUUUUACACCUUUCAAAGGGAACAAAAUAUCUGUUUACGUUCGCCACAGAGGAGGAGGGCUGAAAACCAAAAGUGAGACAUUUGUACUGUACGUAAGGGAGCACUUACAUGAGUUAAAGAUGAUUCUUUCCUUCGAUAGCCCUCUUUAUGUCCAGCUUUAGCGGCCAUAAGAGGAAGUAACAGCAAAUUCUUGGUUUAAUAUUUGCUCCAAGGGCAGAAUAAGUUCAACGCACUUGAUUAGGUCACUCCUUUGUUGUAUCACGUGCACCGCACGCUUAAUUCACUUGGCAACAUGCGAGUGAAGCUUUGACGCCGACUUUGAUAAAAGUCCUUGUGAUCAGCAUGUAACUUUGUUACUGAUGAGGUCAAAAACGCAGUUAUCUGAUUUUUGUUUGAAUGUGUUCCUUUGAAUUCUGGCCUCCUUUUUGGCGCAAAGGCUGGAAACAAAAUCACAAAGCCAAAUAGUUUACAGAUGUUUUCUUUCUUACUGAUUAAUGGACCAACUUUUUUUGUCACCUGAAGCUCCAGAAACAGCCUGUUAAAGUGAGACAUAUUCUGUAUUUACAGUCUGCUUCAAUUAAAUUUUUUGUUCUGUUACACAUUCAACUCCAAAGUUAGUCUAACCCAACACCAGCUAAUAAACUCACACACUCGCUUAUCAUACACAAAACUUUAGCACCUGAAAAUACUAGCUUUGUUAUUUUUGUUUAAUUGUUUUGGUCUGUUUCUGUAUAUAUGUAGUUCUUGUAUUCUCUCUUAUAAGCUCCAUGGUAACGGCCAGCUAGCUCAGUCGUUAUGUUCACCACCUUAUGAACAAGACAGGUUCAGCUUUGGUGUUACGUGAGGAAAUAAUGUACCGUUCAACCUGUCCAGCUAUUAUUUGAAAGAUAGGGAUAGCCUUAAAGUCACUCUUAAAAAAAUCAUUGUGCUUCUUCUAUGUCAUUUCAUAUUUGUUUCAGAAAGAAAGAUUUAGAAUAUCUCAACUUUUGCCAUCGUAUUAUGUGAACGUAUUAUUGUUUAAAAAAGACAGAUCUAUACACGUAAAGAAGAAACAUUGAUUUGGCUGUUUUUUAUUUUUUCAUAUAUAUACAAAUAUAUAUGUAUGAGUAUAUACUGUUUAUUGAUUUUGUUUUCAUGUUCUGCUGAUGGAUUUUGUACUUUAUUGUUACUGUAGGAGGGAGUGAGGAAUAAUUCUCACACAAGCCAAGCUUGUUUUGCUCUUUCAGUGGAAGUGACCCGCACGCUCCGGCCUCCAGCUCCUUCACGUCACGCUCCCCGCUGCUCCCCGCUAAGCGCUCCAGCACCACAGUUGAUUAAAACCUUUAUCUUAUUUCCAAUUCUCCUCUCUCUGUGUCACGUAGGCCCACUUGCAAUUAGUUUGAUUGACAUCUGGGUGUGUUUGUGCGCAUGUUUGCGGACACACGCUCCUGUGAGUGAACGUGAAGGAGCCUCGGGCAAAGUGUGCAGGGCUGCCACUGAAACUCGGUGCUCUGCCCACCCCCUCCCCUCCAAGCAUUUCUCUUGCUCUGCUAAAGGAGUUCUUAUCAACGGCCUGUGGCAGUUCCCCGUCGGGGUGUGCCCAUGUUGGCGAGGAAACACAUUUUGAGUUUUUGUUGUUCCAGACUUCAGUGGCUGGAUGUGGCCGAUGUUUUCUUUUCAACUCCAUGCACUUCCCACUGCCCUUUCUCCAUCUUUGUGGUGCUUCAUGUGUGUUCUGACUGUCUCCUCCAUUGGUGUGUUUGGAAAAAUCUGGCAGCCAAUCAGAUUGUAGAGGGCUCUGUCCAGGAACAAGUCCCAGCAGACCGUUCAGCAGCAUUGGUAAGAGUGAAUCUUUAGAACGGCAGCAUCCCCAGGCAGCUAAGUCCCCUCAUAGUCCAUCAGCUGGUGCCUUUAAACGGCAUUUGUUUCAACAUGCUUAUUCCAGUUCAAAUAAGCAAAUCUAAAACUUCUGAAGGAUAACUGCUGCCAUUUGUUAAACAUGUCUCGUAGGUCAGUGAGGUCUGGGAUUUGUUCGUGUACCGUGCCCUGGCCCGUCUGAUCAUCUUGGUCCCAUUCACUGCCAAUGGCACAGAGAUGACUCUAGCAGUAAGAGGCGCUCAUAGACACUCAGUCCAGGUCUCCUCUGGCAUACUGUACAUGCUGGUGCUGCAGCCUCGGUGGGGGAGAAAUGGAGGUGCUAUAUUCCCAUGCAGUGCUGUUUCUCCCAUAUGUGUCAUUUUGAGUCCAUUUUGUACACAUUGUUAUGCUGUAGAACAUGAAAAUAAAAACACCCUGCCUCAAGUCAA